UGUACGAAUGUAAGCAAAUUCGUGAUGGCUUAAUUUGAUAUUAAUUGGUGGUCAAGGCUCAGUCAAAAUGCAGGCCUUACCGUAUUUACAAAUCAAAGAGCCCAAGAGUGCUGUCUCUCCAGAGAAGAAAAGUUACAGAUUGAGUUUACACGAAGUUUCGUCCAAGACAGCUCAGUUCAAGGACGGACAAUCGAAGAGUGGAAGAAAUGUCAACAGACCGGAAUGUUCAAGGGAGAGCAAUGGACUUCUUGAAGGAACAAGUAGCAUUUACUUUGGUGAUAUUGCACCAUAUCGCACUCCUGCACAAUCACCAUCUCCAAGCAAAAGUUGCAGAAGACCAACAAGGAGUCAGAAUCAAUCAUCUCUUCCAACGUGGCUGGAUCCUCUAGGAGUCUGGCUACCCAGUAAUAAGAAGACUAAUUGCUAUGAGACAUUCAUAAGAAAUGCUGAGCUGUUAAGACGCACCAGUGACAUGUUUUUGGAUCCCUGUCCACAUGUUCCAAGAUGUUCCCACGAAAGGACGCUCUCUGCUCUUAAACGACAACAACGUAGGAUGAAAACAGAUGAUGAUUUGAGGAAACAAGAGCGUCAUAGGCGGAUUGUCGAGAGAAUUCAAAAGAUUCGUGACAUGUGGGAUCAGUGGUCAAACCAAAGCAAGUCCUCAGGAACAGAACACGAUAAUAGACUGAACAACUUCAGGAAGAACCGAGAUGGUUACGUCGACCCAGAUGAAAUUAUCAAAAAGAAAAGAGAAGAAAGAAGAGAACGCGAGAAAAUUAUACGCCUCGAGCAAGCUAAAAAGAGGGAAGAAAUAUUAUCCAAGCAACGUUUUAAACUUCCUAAAAUAGUUGUUUCUCAGUACGAGGAGCCAGAGACACUUCAAUACUCCCGACCACAAAGCCUUACAAACGAGAGACAGAGUGUGUUACCAAGUUUGGUGAACAUUCCGAGUGGUCUUCAAAAUCAAAUCGAUAAAGGAAAUGAUGAAAGCGAGGUGGAGUCCCAGGGUAGCAAAGGAGAUUCUCUUGCGCUGCCUGAGUUAGAGAGCAGUUGCCAAGAACGGAAUUAUUUUGAGAAUACACAACAGGGUGAAGAGCAAGUCGAUAGGAUAUUGCCCGAACUUGAGCAGAAAGUUCCUACAAAGGCUGACACUGAUGUUACAGACUCUAUAUCUCAAGGCAUAGAAUGCAGUGUUGAAACGGUGGAAGGAAAGAAUGUGAAAACCCUAUUAGAUAAUAACAAUGUUGUGCGGUUGGAUUUACAAAUAGAACUUGAAAGUGAUGUAGUUUCGGAAAGUGUAGAUGCAAAAGUUGAUGAACAGAUUGUGUUAAAUAGAAAAAAAGAAACAGUAGACACGGAAAGGUCUCACGAACAGCAAAAGGAGAAUAUUAAUUCAGUAGACGUAAGUAGCACAGAGGCGCUUUUAGAGAUUGAACAAGUUAACAACACAGUAGGGACAGAACAAGUUUACGAAACAUUAGAGACAGAACAAGUAAACGAAACAAUAGAGACAGUACAAGUUAAGGAUACAGUAGAGCUGGAUAGUAUAGCAAGUGCUGAGACCAAGGAACAACCUCAAGAGGAGGGAAUUCAAAGUAGAGUGGACAAGAAGGAACUAAGUGAACAUGGUGAAGACAAAGAACAAAUAAAGAAAAUAGUAAUGAAUUACCUUGCACCUCCAAGUGUUCCACUGCUGGCUGGUGAGAAUGGCUCUGAUAAUGGUGCUAUAGGUGAUGCAGAUGAUACAGCUUCUUUGAUGGGGGCGUUUAUUCCCGUGGCACUGGGCGUUGGCAAUGGCUUAAUAACCAAUGAUGCAAUGCGAGCCUCUUCCGUACUGGAUCGUUACCAUGUACCUAGCCAGGCACGACUAAAUAAUACCAAACAGGGGAAAAACAGUGGAGCCUGGAAACCAAAAAUCAAUGACAAAAAGCAAUACCUAGAGGUGGACCUUGGAGCUUUGACGCUCGUUUCUCAGGUCGCCACUCAAGGUUGUCCCUCAGCUAACGGUGUUAAGACACAGAAGAAAGAUAAAUGUUGGGUGGAGUCAUACGUUCUCGCCUUCAGCACAGAUGGCUCAACUUGGCAACACUACACAGAGGAUGGCGUGGUGAAGGUUUUCAGAGGAAACAGAGACAACAACACAGUUGUUAUUAACAGCAUUAAAAAUCCAGUGGAGGCAAGAUUUGUUCGGUUUAUACCACAGUCCUGGAAAAACAGCAUUGCCAUGAGAGUUGAAGUAUACGGAGAAGUUACAGAGCCUGACUUGGAGAGAAACUCACCAUCUCCGCUACUUGAAGAAGAGCAAGAAAAAGAGAGAGACUUCGUCCAUAACGUUAUUUUAGAGGAAGAAGAACAACCAGAACUUGAGGAAUUUGUUUGUGACACUGAAAACAAGGAAGUGGUGGUGGAAGAGGAAGCCUGGGAAGAGGAAACUGCGCAUACUGUUGUCGAAACAGCUUCACAGAUUCAAGGUAGAGUGGCUGUAAUAUCCCGGAGUUCAUCGUUGGACCUUGCUGUGCAAGGUGAAAAGCAAUCGCCUAAAACCAAACAAAAAUCCAAGAAGCCAAAACAGGAGAAACAGGAAGAAAACGAAGAAAAGAGGAAAAAGAAAAAGAAGAAAAAGACGAAGAAGAUGGCGAAAGAAAGGAAAGUGAAAGGGCGUAGUGAAUCUAGUCUUACUUUGUUGGAAGAAACCGAGGAGGAGGAAGAGGGAGCCUCGUCCCAAGAAGAGGAAGAAGAGGAAGAAGAACCUAAGAGAAACUCACCCAUCAUCCCUGAAAUACCCAAGAGACCAGAGAGUGUUACCCAGAUGCCGCCACCUCCUAAACGUAGCCUCAGCAUGUUUCCAGUGAGGAAAGAGAGCUCUCAGGAGCCGGCUAAACCAGUCAGGCGACGUGCGCAGACAGAUGACAGUAUUCGCAACGAGCUGAUGCGUCAACAGCUGGCGGAGGACAGGAGAAAGAAAUUACUGGCAGCCACGGGAAAAUCUAAGAGAGGGAUUCAAGUGCAGAGCCCUGUCGUUGAUAGUCACGGUGAUUCUGCUCAUUUAGACGACUUUCUUUCAAAGUACUGCAUCAUAAGUGAAGGACAAGCUAAUUACUACCGUCGUAUUUUUAAAACCUUUGAUGAAGACAAGGAUGGAUUUCUAUUUCCCGAAGAUCUCCUUGAAGCCCUUGAAAGCGUCAAUUCAAACCUGCUGUCGGACUCUCAUAUAAAUUAUAUUUACCGAGUACUGGAAUUGUGUGAUUGCAGCUUGGACUCUGGAGUGGAUAUGAAGUUGUUUUCCGUGAUUGCUGCAUUUUCUCAGCGCGUCGCAGUGUUGGACGAAUUUGCAAAAAUAUUGAUUUCGAAGCUGGAUUUCAGAGAAUUGGAUUUCAAAUUGCAAAAAUCAAAGCGGUUGUUUCUGUGCUAUGUUGACGAAGCGACUAAGACCAUCUCGCUUGAGGAGCUUAUGUUAGGACUAACGGCUGGUGGUCUGUCAGAUGAUCAAAAAGAACAGACAAUGAAAAUCCUCGGCAGGACGGCCUCUUUGGACUUCUUGGACUUUUUAACAUACAUUCCGUUAUUUAUACACAUUCAUGAUCAUAUUCUACAAGAUCCACUGGGAACCGUUGUCUACCAAAGUAUGUUGACAGUUUAGAGAUCGCAUGUGGUGCUCGUCCUAAAUACCGUCAAGAGGUGACUUUCUUGGUUGUCCUCAACCAAUCAGGAAACGCCACACAACACUUAGACGAUGCUAUUGCCACAAAUCAUUCUAAACUGCAUCGCACGUUUUUUGACUUAUUAUCGGUAACACAGUCUUUCUGCUCUGGCUCGUGCUCUGAUAUCUUCUCAACGAGCGCAGUAGGAGAGUACCCAUCAUUCCUUGCGCACCUUUGUCACCCGCGUUGACUGCAUUCGUUAUGAACACGACAGGGGACGAUCAAGCCUUGAACGUCUCCAACCGUCAUCUGGUGGUUAUUUAAUUCUCGCAGAUAGAUUCGAUGCAUGACUUCCUCGAUAGAAAAGAACCUAUUGCUCAAUGUAGCAGGGAUACCUCGUUGUUCCUGAGGGAUAUGUUAUUGUGGGUAUUAGUUUGCUAGUUCAUUUCGGGAACAUUAGUUAGUUUAUUUUAGCAAUGUUUUGGGACUUACUUUCCCAGCUAUGUUUGAAAACGUUUACCGCUUAGCUCUGGUAAAUACUUUUUUCGCACGAAAAGGUCCACUUUGAAUCGAACAGGCGAAUGAAUAUAUGCCCUGUGAAGUUACUCAAUUUUCGUAUGUCAAUGGAAAUUGCGAGAUUUCGUUGGGUGUAAAUGCGUUGAGGUAUAAUUUAUAAUUAUUUAUUUGAAGAAUUUCUCAUUUUGAGAUUUCCCUCUGAACAAAGUCUUUAGAGAAAUAAAGGAUAAACAAGUUUUCACUGUGCACAUUUGCCAACUGUCUAAAGAUAGUCAAAAAAAUUAUUUAAGAAGACACCUGAUGUAGAUAUACCAAAG